AUGUCGACUCAACAAGUGACAACAACACCUAUGAAAGGAUCACGCAAUCCUAAACGGCAACAGAAAAGGAAUAACMCMCCUGCCUCUCAGGCCAAGACUGUCAUGCUUUCGACGCCUCCUUCAUCACCGCCUCGUAUCUCAAGCCCCAACGACUACUUCGCGACAGGUACACCGGGUGUUUACAACGCAGAACACAACGGCUCACGCAAGAAGAGUGACAAUCGCUCCGCCAAGAAGUCCCGAGAAAACMCUCGCCCAGCCAAUCCUGCCUACAGCAACGGCGUGAACCAUCGCCAUACUUCGUCGCAGCCUAGCAUAACUUCUCCGCCGCAGCUCAAAGAUAGCCCACAUUAUGCCGGUCCUACUUUCCAUGCGUCUCCUGCACCGUCUGCCCUCCCGAUGCCAUCGUUCUUUUCCAAAUCUGUUCCCGAUUCCGGUCUUUCUGCUUCCCUAGACCUUGACGACGAGUUGGAGGAAGAGUCAGCGCCGGAGCUUACUCCCUCAAAGCCUAAAGCCAGCGCUACUCGGAUCAACCACGAACCUUCUCCUCUGGACUUUCUUUUCAAGGCUGCCAUUGAUGCGCGAGUCAAAACUCAGCAGAGCCCUGAGGCUGUUUCGAAAAGCAUAGUUUCAGGCUCCACUGACGUCUCUUCAGCCAGUCAGCGCCAAGAGCAUUCUUCAAAUGGGAUAUUCUCACUUGAGCUCGAUGGCUCCGACAGGAGCACUCCAACAUAUUCGACCCCGGUUUCUUCAUACAAACAGAAAAUGAAUGCGUUGACGGCCAAUGGUACUCCGCAGCAAACAGCAACAGAUUUGGAUGAUGCUCAACGAAAGAUUAAGACCGAGGAACUAAAGCAUCUAUUACUGAACCCUCGUCCUCAACGUCCUGCAUCAGCAUCUCCCCAUCCCAAAGGUCCGGCGCAUGGUUAUUUUCCAAACGGAGGUGUAGGAUAUACUGCUAAUGUGCAGCAACACGCCAAUUCUGGGCCUCCUACUCCUGUCUCUUUCAAUGGCCAUGUUCAGCAAACUACAGGUCGACCAGGCAACUCUUACAUAUCUCCUCCGCAGGCCUAUGCUGAAAAUGUCAAUCCAUUUUCGUUCCAUCGAGAUGCUUCGCCUUACGCAAGUCCGGUCAAUGCCGCCAGGCCAAAUCAGUAUGGGCCGCCCUUCCAGUCGCCUUACCGAAAUGCCCAACCUUCGCAGAGAUACCACUCACCAUCUCCUUUUAAUGCUAGACUACAAUCUACUCCGCCUCCACGUCAGCCAGAGUCUGAUACCAAGAAAAUGGAAGAUGAUCUCCGACGGAUCUUGAAGUUGGAUAUGACUCCGAGUAUGCAACCCAACGGAGUCCAAAGUUCUCUGGCUUGA